GCCUGGGGAACCUCCUCCUUCCCUAUACACCUCAUCGCUACUUCAAAAAUGAGCAGUACUGUCGGUCUUGGACGCCGAUCAACACGUCUUGUGUCUAGGCCCAUACUUUGACAUGCCACGCGGUUCAUCCAAGCCAGGACAAGGUGUUGUGACUAUUUCUGCUGCAACACAACGAUGUCGCCUCUCACUGAAUCAAUGCCUCGCAACCCCGCUCCUGAUGGAGCGCGAAUGGGCCGAGAACAGACUCGCCGACUUCAAUCUGUGGGCGUCUGGAAUUGGUGCAACCGCGGGUUAUGGGGACAAAAUCUCGCUGGAUGCUCGCCUCCGUGAAAAGCCUGCACUCCUCGACGUCUUUCUCCGCCUUCUAGAGAUGUUGCUAACAUUCCUUGAAGAGUGCCAGUCGCUGAGCAUAAUCACCUCAGCCGAUGCUUCUGUGACGCACCCUUACUGGAAAGCACGCGGAGCCCAACAACUAUCUACUCGCAAAGGUCGAGGGAGGCCCUGGACCUCCGAACAGCACCAAGUGUCGAGGGCUUCUCGGUCUAUAUCUCCCUGGUCCGAUCAAUCCAGUGCGGCGUCCGAACCAGAUGCUCAUCCUCAAUGCGAAAAAGACCAACUUGUCGAUGCUAUGAUGGGCGUCGAUUCAGUGAUCGGCCAACUUAACGAUCUGGGCGCCGCCGUGCGACGGACUGAAAGACAACAGCGCUUGCAGAAGGCCGACUCACGCUUCGACCUCUCUGAGCACUCAGAGCUCGAAGCAUUUCUUAGAUUUUGGAUCCAGAUUCAGAAGAGGAAGCAUGGAGACACUACGGUCGAAGUUCACGAUCAAUUGACCCCGAUCCAGCUCCGGUUGAUCAAUGUUAAUUUACGCAGGCGGAACCGCUUCCUGUACGCGCGAAAGCAUGCCCAAAACUUACGUACAAAAGCACAAGUUCAAGAGGAUUCACCGCAUUUCAUCGAAGAAGCAGAAGGUGGCCUGGCACAGGAUGUAGAAGAUGAAGUCGGCCAUUUCAAUACUAUUCAUCUUGAUCAGCCAACUGGCCCUCCCCAGACUUUACCAGACCAGAAGAGAGGUGUGCUGAAGGACCGAGAACCAUAUGCCGAUGAUUCGACCGCGACUAAGCUGGAAACUGUGACAGAGUUACUAGAGGAACGGCUGCCAGCAACAGAUUCCCAGAUAACGUCGACUGUUUCAAAGAUCCGAUACCCCUACCCACCCAAAAUCCAGCCAGGUGUGAAAUUUUUUAGGUGUCCUUGCUGUUGUCAGACACUCGAUCGUGCGAUCGCAGUGGGUCAUCGCUGGCUAAGACAUCUUGCUGAGGACAUAUGCCCUUACACUUGUAUCUCCGACAACUGCCCACGGGCUGAGGCAACUUUCGUCACCCGCCGGGCGUGGAUCGAUCACAUGGCGGGAGAAGAACACUCCGCGUCCGAAGGUUGGUUCUGUUUGAUAUGCGACGAGAGCCCAGAAUACCGAACUGAGUCAGACCUAUCUGCUCAUUACCUCCAGGAUCAUGCAGAAUUCGUCACAGUCGACCAGAUGCAGACGCUUCUCGACAGCUCUCUGCUAUCGCUCUCAAGCCCGCCAACUUGUUGUCCCUUGUGUGGUCCGAGUAAAGAUCAUCCCUCCGAAGCGCGGCCACCAGACUGGGAUCAUAUCGCCGAGCACGUCCACACAUUUGCACUACUGUCACUUCCUUGGGGUGCGGCCGGUUGCGAGCCUCAAGGCCUGAACGAAGCGCACGAGAGAAUAUCUGCUUGGCUCAGGUCGGAUGCACAGCCGAUGGAAGGGGUGUUUGAAGAACAUGCUCUGCCCAUUGGCACUCUGGAUACAGCAAAGCUUUCUUUCAAAGAGGAACCAUAUUUCGCCGACAGUAGAGGUAUGCAGACAGCGCCAAGCAUCUCUUCCAUCCAGAGCGACCGAGGUCCCCAAGGUCUCGGAAGUUCCAGUCCGUUACUGUUUCCCGAUACCAAUCUACUUGAGACCUUCGACGCUGCAACGUCCGAUGAGUCGAAGGAUGGCAAGAAGAUUGUUGAGCCUCGGUCCAUCGCGAGCACACCAUAUUGGCUGAAUAAGAAUAGAGAGGAGAUAUCACUUGCAUAUCAAGCUCUUGGAUUGGAGCGUCCAAGCCGUACUCACAUUGUGUCUCACAAUACUCAGACGUCUCAAUGGCGACCUGGUCAAAGAGGGGACGUUCUUGUUCGACCUCGGGCCCGCAAAGAACAUCUUUCGGAUGUUCCAAGGUCUACACUCGAGCAGCAUGUCAGCUCUUCCGGUCAUAUCGAAUUCUCUGUCAUCGACCUUACGCCGAGGUAUCGCCUGUCGCCUGGCAAGGUUUUGGCAAAACCCGGGACCGAAAGCAAAUAUGUCGUCGCAGAAUAUCCCGCGGAUACAUGCGUUUCGUGCUUCUGGCAUAUGGUUAUGCAGCAGACCUCAGGAAGUUGUGCGGUGGUAGUCACCCUGGGAGAGGCUAAAGAAGACAAACGCGUUCGGUACUUUCCGGUGGAUACGCGGAAGCCGCUCAUGAUUCUACAAGACCUUGCAGGCAGGAGUGAAGCAGAUCAAGGCGACCAACUACCUGUACUAAUUGAAGCUGGGCCUACGUCCUACGACUUCAGACCCCAGAAAACCAGAGAAAAUAAAUCCUCGCGCCAGGUUUCUAUUGAGAUAUUAUCUAUUCACUACGACUCGAUCAUGAACUUUGAGCACUACCUGUGGCCAGACGUCCAGUUUACCAAAAAUAAGGAUCGCGCGCCGCUGCUAGAGCUCAUGAAGACGUCAAGAGCCGUCGCGGGAAACUCCCCAAGAGUUGUUUGCGGCACUGCCAAUGCUGGCCUGGCCGAGACUUGGGUCGCACUGGACUUUUUACGAGAAGAACUCGAGACCGAAAACUUCAUCGAGUCGUCGUGGCAGGAAGAGAUCCUUCUACACAGAGCAUCCGAUAUUUCCAAUCCCAACGAAGAUGACCUCAUAUGGACCACAGUCAGACAAAUCCGUGAACAAGGAACGACACUAGACAUGAACGAAGCAGAAUACAACUUCCUAUACGAGACCUUGAGAGACCAAUUCUCCGAAAUGUACGCAGAGCCGAGCGAUGAUCACGCAGAAACUCCCGGGACGUCUUCAUACAGUGGAAAAACCACAGCCCUUCCUAACAGGCUCCCAGAUUUCGGCGCCCAUAACACAGUUUCGCUCACAGCUCUACCUGAUAGUCGUUAGGUCCGCGCGUGCAGAGCACUUUUCGUCCCGGGAAGGUACUUCUCAAUCCUUUGGAGGGCGGGAGAAUUGAUGAGCGGAGACAGAGAGAACAUACUCGCUAGACGACGCAUGAUCGUUGUAAGACAGCGGCAAGGCUAAAGCUUAUGUGUGCCAGUCUAUACUUACAACGAGGAAAUAUUGGCCAAGAAGCCUGUUUCCCAGGAGGAGCUGCAAGCGCACGGUAUUGUCUAUCCACGUGGAGAUAAGGUUCCGAAAAGUCGCCCGGGGGAGCCUCCCAUUUCAAAGAAGCCCAUUGCGGUAGAUGUUGUUGCUGGUCAUGAUUUGGACCCAUCUGAUCGGAUUAGCUUUGGAAAGUGUCACACAGUCGAUCAUGAUGUGUUAGUGAUGGAUUGUGGUCACGUCGCUGCUGCAUCAAUGGCCGACUUCGAAGCCUAUUGGAAAGAAGAGUUGCUUAGAUGAUAGCACUGGUUGAGGAUGUUGUGUCUCCCACACAAGACAUAAGGCCGGCCUGGCCCUAAGGUGGCGCUGUUCACCAUGUUUUUGUGGCUGGUCGCAAA